AUGAACCAGGCCGUUCACCCAGAUGCACACGCUGGUGUCAUGGAAAUGGAUGCAUUCAUCAAGAGUCAAAGCAACCAUGCCCUAUACAAACUGCAACGAAACGAGAUCCUGCUGUGUAACAAUGCUGCGGUCUUGCAUGCCCGCCGAAGCUUUCCUGAUCGACAGCUUCGUCGUCUCGACCGCUUAAACUUUAUCACUUUGGGAAGUGGUUGCAAGCUCGAAGGCCGACUAAAGCUCGGCUUCGAAGAACCCAGAGACAGGUCAUCUGCCCCCAACAAAAAGGAUCAGUCCGUGAUAACAUCUACGAGUACCGGUAUGGAGAAGGAGAGUUCCAUUUCCAAACUCGAGCUCAAGGCUGUUGGCAAGUGCAAGAGCUGGCGCAUGGCCCAGGCAGCUUAG